CCAUAGAGUGUACUGUCAUCACGAGACGAGUUAUCGAUUUUUGUUUUGCUCCGAAAGUACACAACUGGAAAAUAGUUUGGAUAGCGUCGAAAAAAUGUAUUUUUCGUCCAAGUUUUAGGAUUUUUCGUCACUUUACCACUGAAACAAAAUGGACCGUACUCAUGUGCCUUCCCCGGACAGAACAUGCAACACGGAGGUUGCAGCUGCAGCGAGAACUUCAGCUUCGGCCGACUCUCGAACAGCCAACAAUGCGAAUAACACCGCAACAGAUUCUACGUCAUCCGUAAACACUUGCAACAAUGGUCCAAGGAUUGUCUAUCUUGAUAGGGUUUGCCGAACUUGUUUAGUAGAAAAAGAUAAAGAUCAACUGAAAGAUUUGUUCGAGUUUGAACUGGCCGGCACAGUGAUGGGGUGCGUUAAUAUUUCAAUCGAAGAAUCGGAUGGACUACCGACCCAUAUCUGCCAGGAUUGUUUACAGGAAAUAGAACGAAUUUGUAGCUUUCGGCAAAAAUGUGAACAAUCAGAUGUAACCAUUCGAAAUCUAAUAGAUAAAUCUGUCGUGAUUAAGCAGGACAGUCGAACCAAGUACGAAAUUUUGAAUGUUAUUUUGACUGACGGAAAUGGGCACAUGGAGGCUUCGGCGUUGGUAGUUCCUGUAGAAGAAUUACGAUUCCAGUUAAUGAAAGGUGGACGUUCAAUAUCAGCUGCUUCUGCCGGACUACCCGAAACUAUCAACAUUCCAUUAACAUUAACAGAAGCGCAGCAAUCAAUAGAAGGGAAUCUCCAAACAGAUCUGGCCGUAAGUAAUACACUAGAGGAGCAACUAGUGCGUACUUUAGGUAACAAAUCCGUUGCGUUGAAUCCAAGUGAGUUAUUAAACGAAUCUGCCCCUUCGCCACUAUCGGAAAACUCCAAGCAACAGGAAGAAUCGGUAGUUUUGGAAAAUCUCAGGAAGGAAUUGUCCGAAUUUAUUGGAAACGUUCCCAAAGAUCAAGUAUUAGAUGACAACGAAGACGACGAAAUGAUUCACGUGGAUUAUCUGAAGGAUGCUUUGACGGAGGAAUACAUUCAAAAUAUGGAAAAACAACUUGCUCCUUCGGUACCUCGACUGGAUGACCGUGUACAAGAUCGGUUUGAACAAGAACACCUAUCCAAUCUUAUUAACGACGAAGAUCGCGAUAAAAACCACAAAGUAGAACAGCUCUCAAGAACCAGUUCAAACGAUGAAGCGGUUGUAGGAUUUCAAUGUAAAACUUGUAAUGCUGAGUUUGAAGAUAACCAACAAUACAAAAGCCAUGUGAAGAAACAUUCUAAGACUCUCAAUUGCACUCAAUGCUCACGUACGUUCUCUGAUCCAUCGAAGCUAGAAAGUCAUGCGAUGCGGCAUACCGGGGAAAAGACCCACGUCUGCACUAAAUGCGAUGCACGAUUCGUCGAAAGAAGUAUGCUCAGACUCCACAUGCGCCGACACUCAAAUGAUCGACGCUAUAAUUGCGAAACGUGUGGAAAGCGCUUUAUGACGAAAAGCUUGCUCAAUACCCACAAUAAAAUUCAUCUGGGCGAAAAGUCACAUGUUUGCUCAGAGUGUGGCAAGGGCUUUACGCUGUCGUGGCAGUUGAAGGCGCACAGUCGCAUACAUACCAAUGAGAAACCUUUUGAAUGUCCGUACUGUCAGAAGCGAUUCAAUCAAAAUGGAAACCUAAUGAUUCACAUCCGACUGCACACGGGAGAAAGACCAUUCCGAUGUGAACUUUGCGAGAAAGCCUAUCCAAGUCAGGGAGAAUUGAGUGGUCAUAUGCGGCAGCAUACAGGUGAAAAAAAGGCUAAAAAUAUGGUAUGUACUGUUUGUGGAAAAGCUUUCGCCGGCAACGGUGACCUCAAAAUCCACAUGCGAACCCAUACGAAAGAAAAACCAUACUCCUGUCAGCAGUGUGGUAAAAGUUUCAUGCUACAUGUGCAUUUGACGGUUCACAUGCGAUCGCAUACAGGGGAAAAGCCCUUCGCCUGUACCAUGUGCGAAAAAGCUUUUGCAACGAACUUCCAAUUGAAAAAUCACACGUACGUUCACACUGGAGAGAAAAACUACGCCUGUGAUGUAUGCAAUCGGCGGUUUACUAGUUCGGCCAACAGAAACACACACCGGAAGACGCAUGAUCGAAACAUUUCUAGACAAAAAUACAUGUUUGUUGGUUGAAUUUGUCCCACUGGUGUCGCUUAUCUGUGUUUAGUGUUUAGGUUGACUAAAAGUGAUGUAUUCGUACAAACUAACUUAUUUUAAAUUGAAUGACAUUAUAUUAUGCUCCUCAAUUCACCUAUUUAAUGUAAAAAAACUGCUUACCAGACCCAAUAAUCGUACUGCUGCUUAUUAGCAAAUAACUUAUUCUACGCUUCACUGUACUGUCUAGACAAACACACAUUUGAUAGGGUAGGUUGAUUAUUGUGCCAGUUUAUUUGUUUAUUUCUAAGUGCAUCAUCUGACAUAAAGUCUUAAUGAAAAAGGAUAAUCAUUAAAAGUAACUAGAAUUAGUUAACCUACGUUUAAAAAUAUGACUAGGCACACCAAAAUCAAAAAGAUGCUCGACACUCGUGAAUGUUCUCACACAAAAGGCAACAGGUUCAUAAUAACCAUAGUUCGUGCGAUGGAAGCUUUUAGUUGUGCUUUUUUGGGUAGGUAGUAAUGAUUUUGUCUUAAAGGGUGUAAGGUUUAGAUGAAUAUAAACAAACAGUGCUUAUGAAACUUUAUGCAGUAUCUAUUCGAUGCAUAAUGAUUACCUGAAAACUAUUCAAUAAUAUAACACUUACUCGUAAGUGCAACACCUAUGAAUCUACAUAUUCUUAUGAUUAUAACUUAAAUUUAGAUUAUUACAACAGCCAGCAAAAUCUUUUUCAAUGUAUUUAUUGAUACAUAUUAGCUAAGAAUUGUGUACUGUUUCUCCGCAAUAAAUGUAACUGGGAAGUCAUCUUACGAACUAGCAA